AUGGAGGGCAUCCUAUGGGAGGUUCUGCUGCAGGGAAAGUGCACAUGGCGACCGUUUCCUCGAGAUAGAUUCAAUGUCGACGCCCGCUUCCACGAUGAUCCCGAGCGGGGAGGCACUUUUCGGGUGGCCGGAGGACAUUUUCUCGCGGAAGACCUCUCAAGGUUCGAGGCGGGCUUCUUCAGCAUUUCACAAGCAGAGGCGGAGUUGAUGGAUCCCCAGCAUCGUCUUUUGCUGGAGAAUGUUUACCAAGCCCUCGAAAAUAGUGGAAUCUCACUGGAAAAAGCCAAGGGCACAGAUACGACUGUUUAUGCCGGGUGCUUUUCAAGUGACUAUGGGGAUAUGCUCAAUGAAGAUCCCGAGCAAAUUCAGAAACACAAAGUGCUUGGCGAACAAAAUGCCAUACUUGCGAACCGCAUCAGUUGGUUUUUCGACUUCAAGGGAGCCAGCGCUACAGUGGACACCGCAUGCUCGGGCGGUCUCAUCGCGGUGCAUAUGGCCUGUCAAAAUUUGAUUCUGGGUGAGUCCAACAUGGCUAUUGCGAGCGGGGUGAACAUCAUCAGUUAUCCCUGCACCACGCAAGAUCUCUCUAAGCUAGGUGCACUGUCACCUGACGGUCCGUGCUAUAGUUUCGAUGAACGCGCCAAUGGUUGUGCGCGAGGUGAAGGAAUCGGCACUGUUGUUCUCAAGAGACUCUCCACAGCCGUUCGAGAUGGCGACACGAUUCGGGCAGUGAUCCGUGCAACAGCGGCGAAUCAGGAUGGGAGGACAACAGGGAUUUUCAACCCAUCAGCCGACGCACAAGCGCGUUUAAUCAGAACAACAUAUAAGACUGGUGGCAUCGAGAUGGAUCAAACCGCUUAUGUCGAGGCGCACGGCACAGGAACAUCUACCGGCGAUCCCGCAGAACUACGUGCCAUAGCGUCUGCCUUUGCGGACCGAACUUCAACACAUCCUUUAUACAUCGGGUCCAACAAGUCAGCCUUGGGUCAUACAGAAAGCGCCGCAGGAAUUCUAGGCCUGAUCAAAACCGUGUUGUCGCUCGAGUCCGGCCUCAUAUGCCCGAAUGUGAAUCUUGAGAAGUUGAAUCCAGCUAUUCGUGCGGAUGAGUGGCGAAUGGAAUUUCCCACAGCAGCGGUAUCAUGGCCAAAGUCAGGCCCAAGGGUCGCGUCAAUCAGCUCGUUUGGCUUUGGCGGAACUAAUGCGCAUGCGGUAAUCUGCGAUGCAUAUCAUGGGUUAAAGGAAAGCGGCGUUCCAGGGAUUCAUCUAACACGAGCCGACCCAGAAAGCAAGGAAUUCACCGCUGGCAAUACAAGAAGAAGCAUUGAGCCCGGCACGGCCAUGGAGAGUGAUAAUUCUUAUAUAUUCGCCAUCUCCUCAUUUGAUCAAGAUGGUGUACAGCGUCAAGCAGAACAGCUGUCCAACUAUGUCCCAACACACGCCCCGGGAAGUCACGAGAACGAGUUUCUGAGAAAUCUUUCAUAUACAUUAGACUGCAGGCGAACCCAGUUCGGAUGGCGUGCUGCUUGCCCAUACAUAGGCUUUGUGUUCACGGGACAGGGGAUUCAGUGGAAGGGGAUGGGCCGUGGGCUUAUGCGAUUCGCUCCGUACCGGAAAUUAUUGCAUUCCGCAACGGCAUUCCUCAGACGUCUGGGAGCCACGUGGAGUGCGACAGAACUUUUAACCAGCCUUGAUUCCGACAUCGAUGACUGCUUGCUCUCACACCCUUUGUGUACAGCGCUUCAGGUCGCUGUUGUUGAUUGUUUGCGAGGCUGGAAUAUAGUCCCGCAUUCAGUGGCCGGACAUUCCUCCGGUGAAAUUGCGGCAGCAUAUGCUGUAGGGGCAAUAAACCGGACAACUGCCUGGUUCAUGGCCUUCUGUCGGGGGCUAGUCUCGAAGGCUAUUGCCGAUAAAGGAGCAACAAUGAUGGCUGUGAGAACCACGCAGGAGGAACUUUUGAAUCAUAUAGAAGCCUGUCCGACCCGAGAUUUAACGAUCGCAGCCUUCAACUCGCCCACAAGCUAUACUGAAAGGCUUGAAAGUGAGGGCACCACAGCCAAGUGGUUAAACGUCGAAAACGCUUAUCAUUCUCCCCACAUGGAGGGCAUCGUUGAUGAUUAUAUUCACCUCAUUAAAGACGUUGAGACGCACAAAGAUACCAUAAGGUCAGCUUUCUCACCGGUGAAGAUGAUCUCAACUGUGACCGGAUGUGAGAUUCAAGGAGACGCUAUUCGCACGGUGGAAUACUGGGGGAGGAACCUACUUUCUCCAGUGCGUUUCUCAUCCGCUAUUAAAACUAUGUGUGUGGGGGAGGAAAUCGGGACCAUCGUGGAAAUUGGACCCCAUUCAACACUCAAGGUCCCGAAGAUGGAAACUCUGCAGGAUAAAAACCUUGAAGGGGUAAGAUACUUGAAUAUCAGCACGCGUAAUAUCCCCACAUCUACGCCAUGCCUGCAAUCUUUGAGUUCACUGAGGGAAACGGGAUACCCAGUUAAUCUGGCAGCCAUGUUCGACUGUGUCGCUUCCUUUGGUGCACGAAAGACCCCAGGCACCAAACAUGGCAUUAGCCGGGCUCGUUCGGACUCUGGGAUAGGCUUGGAUUCGGACAACGGUGUGCGCCAGUCGACAAACUUGUUUCGCCCACGGGAUGUUCAUCUCCUUACGGCGCUGCCACCAUAUUCCUUCAACCACAGCAUGCAUGAUUGGAAGGAAAGCCGACUCAGUCGAAACUAUCGCUUCCGGCAACAUCCUAGGUCAAAUCUACUCGGCGCGCCGGUAAAUGACUGGAAUUCGUGCGAACCGAGGUGGCGAAACUUCUUCAGAGUCACAGAAAAUCCGUGGAUGGCGGAUCAUGUGGUCUCUGGAAAGAUCAUUUUCCCCGGUGUAGGGUACGUGACAAUGGCGAUUGAAGCGACAAAGCAAAUAGCGGAUCCAGAGCAGCCACUCCGAGGGUUUAGACUCCGCGAUGUGCACAUCCAUUCUGCUCUCAUCAUCCCAGAUACUGCUGAUGGCAUAGAGACAGGCUUCAGUCUCCUGCCUGUAAUGGAAUCCAUGAGAACAGUGUCAAAGAUCUGGAAGCAAUUUCACAUUUAUUCCUACAGUGAGAGACAAUCUGAGUGGUCUCUUCACUGUACUGGCCAACUUGCUCUUGAGUAUGAGGGGGAAAAGCAUGUCUUUGACACAGACAAUGAGAAGCCCUUCCACCAGGAACAAUGGGAGGAUGAACUCAAUGCUGGUUUUGCGAGAUGCCGAUUUCCAAUCAAUUCUGACAGUCUGUAUGACUGGGCCCAGGAUGUUGGCUUCAGCUUCGGGAAAACAUUUCGUAAUAUGUCCCAAGUAAAGCUGAGUACAACUCCUUAUCAAGGGGAGUCGGCCGCAACAGUGACAGUCGCAGACAUUGGUCGCGUGAUGCCGAGUGGAUAUACCUACGAUCACGUAGCUCAUCCGACAACUUUGGAUGCGUUAAUGCAUACUUGCUUGGGGGCGGUGAAAAGCUUGAAAGGCCCCGAGGUAAAGCUCCCAAUGUACCUCCCGAAUGUAUUUGGCGAAAUUUGGGUGUCCGCUGAUAUUAGCCGUGAUGUGGGACAUGAGUUCAUGGGGUAUAGUCGCAUGCGAUCGCUAUCUCAUUUGACACUCCAGGGCGAAGCUGCAAUGACGGACAAGGCAACUUCCUCUGUGAAAGUUGUGCUUACCGGUGUGGAACUAGUUAGAGUUGACACUCAUCCAAAGGAUGCGCAGCAUGCGGUAUGCCACACCAUCGCUUGGAAACCAGAUGUGGAAAGCGGAUUUUGUGGGUUCGGAGUCAAUGCCUCGGGAAAAGAGCCGGACUUGGGGCCGUUAAAAAUGCUGGAGCUCAAUGCUGCCAUCUUCAUUAAAAGGGCACUCGCUGAACUAGAGGGAGACGAGGGUUUUGUUAUGCGGCAGAAAUGCGGGGAGAUCGAUGCAGAAAUGCACAGCUGCCUGAAAUCAUCCGAGCUAAAGCGCUAUAUGGGAGACCAGGCUGCCAUGCAUCAGCUGCAGGAAGCGACGGGGGGGUCGAGCGCGAUCGGAAACCUCUGCGUGCUCAUGGGCAGGAACCUCAGCAAGGUUAUAAAGCAGGAGAUGGACCCUCUCGAGCUUAUGUUCGGUGACGACCUGGCGAACGCUGUUUACGAUGAAUUCUCCCGACGGGUGAGGCUUCCCGGUGUUCUGAAACAGUAUCUGGAUCUCCUUGGACACAAGUGUGAGCGGUUGACUGUCCUCGAAGUUGGUGGUGGCACAGGAGCGACAACGAUUCCGAUGCUGAAUAGUCUCUGUCCUGUCGGGGAUGCUAUUUCCAAAGAUACAUGGAAAGUGGAAAAGUUGGCGGCAGACAUGUUCAAAAGCUGGGAAGACAUAAUGCAGUACCAAACCUUCGAUAUCGAACGUGAUCCAAAACAACAAGGGCUGGGGGAUGAGAAGUUCGAUGUUAUUCUCGCUGGGAAUGUCGUCCAUGCAACGAGAAACGUCGGUGCCACGUUGCUGUAUCUCCGGUCUCUCUUGAAGCCUCAAGGGCGUCUUGUCCUGCAUGAAAUCAUUAAACCCAGCAUGCUCACAGUUCCAAUGAUAUUUGGCUUGCUUCCUGGAUGGUGGCUAGACACUGGAUUCAUGGGGAUUAACCAUACUCUACCUGACAGCGCCAAUGCCGAAACACACCUGUUCAGUAUUCUGGUAGCCAGAGUUGCACCUGAUGGCCCAAGUCAUUUACCAAAUAAUUCGAUAACUAUCGUGAAGUUGGACCCUACCACCAGAGGGAAGACUAUAUCUAGCCAACUAGCUCAUGACCUGUGUCAAACGUAUGGGUCCGAGGUCUGCCAUGUUAUGCCAUCUGAAAACGUCUCUGAAACUGAUAUGCACCUUCUCAUAUGUGCAGAUCCACAAUUUGCCCUCUGCACUGGGCUGAUCCGAACGUCUCAAUGGGAAUACUUUACCCCGAAGCGAAACCUGGUCAUUUUGAACAUCACGAUGGAUGCUGAAUCCUCGGGCUUGGCACUGGCUGCCACGCAGGAGGUUUGUGAUCGGCAGUUUAUCACUUGCACCGGGCAUCCAAAUGAAGAAUACGUCCUGAAACACGGUCAGAUCUACACGACAUGGCUUCUUGGCCCCCGCGUUAUUGACAACUUCCUCGGUAUCCAAGACACCGAUAACCCGGAUUGUGAACGAAGUGUACAUCCGUUCAAUCACCAUGAAGGGAGAGGAGUAAAGUUGCACGAGGCGACUCCAAUUAAAAACGAGGGGCUCGUAUUUGUCGAGGAUCACGACAGAGGAAAGCCAUUGAGACAUUCUGAGGUGGAGGUGGAAAUAAAAGCAGUUGGGGUCAACUUCCGAGAUUUACUGACAGCUAUGGUCAAUGCCAAAAGCCGCCUUUCCGAGGGUGACAGAGUCAUGAUCCUAGCGGAUCCAUCAAACAUGGGAACAAUCCGAACAUAUUGUCGAACACAUUGCGACCUAGUCGUUCAGAUACCCGACAGUGUAUCUUUUGAGAUGGCCAGUGCCUUGCCGGUCACCGCAUUGACAGUACUGUAUUCAUUGCGCGAUGUGGCUCGACUAUCGACCGCUGCCAUUCGGUAUGCACAAGCAGUAGGGGCCGUGGUAUUCACAACGGUGUCGAGCGGUGAAAAAAGGCAGCUUUUAAUGGAUUCGUACGACAUUCCAGAGAAUCGAAUCUUUUACAGCAGAGAUGGCCGUUUUGCGGAGCGUAUAAAGCUUGCUACUGGUAAUAGGGGAGUCGAUGUCGUGCUCAAUUCACUCGGAGGGGAGCUCCUGGUGCUCUCUUGGAGCUGCCUCGCCCCACUGGGACGUUUCAUAGAGCUUGGAAAGAGAGACAUACUAGACAAUGGGAAGCUUCCCAUGCGUCCAUUCGCUCAAGGAACCACAUUCAGUUGUGUAGACCUAUCCCUGCAGACGUCCUUGAACCCAGCUAGGGUAGGGCGCUUGAUGACUGACGCUUUAGACCUUUAUAUGCAAGGGAAAAUUGGUAUCGCAACUCCAUUGAUUGUGUUCAAAUUUUCCGAUGUUAAUGAGGCUUUGCGUCGUUUUCAGACCGGAGAAUCCAAGGGUAAGAUGGUGUUACUGGACUCCGAUAAUGAUAAGGUGCGGGUGCUGCCACAUACAACCUCGCCGUUAUCCUUCCCACAUAGUGCGUCAUAUGUCAUCGCUGGAGGGGUCGGGGGUUUAGGACGUGAGAUUGCUAGGUGGAUGGCAUACCGAGGAGCCCGACAUCUGAUCCUUUUGUCUCGCUCUGGUGGUAAUCCUGAAUCCGUCACAGCUCUAAUGAACGAUUUGCAAACGGUGGGAUGUGAAGCGAUGGUGGUCAGGUGCAAUAUUGCAGACUGCGGCGCGAUAAACGCUGCGCUGAAAGAUGUUCGCCACUUGCCACCGAUAAAGGGUUGUAUCCAAGCCGCGAUGGAGUUGAAAGAUAUGGCUCUGGCAAAUAUGGCGGCUGCAGAUUUCAAAGCCGCAACUUCCCCAAAGGUGCAAGGGUCCUGGAAUCUCCAUUCAAUACUUCCGAGCGACAUGGACUUCUUCAUCAUGCUCUCUUCAAUCGGAGGUAUAGUUGGGACGCGUGGUGCCGCAAAUUACGCAGCAGGAAAUACCUUUCAAGACGAACUAGCCCGAUAUCGUUCAGAUCGCGGCCUACCUUCGUAUAGUAUUGACCUGAGAGUGGUAGCUUCAGCCGGCUAUGUAGCAGAAAACUGGAAGGCUAAGAGGAACCUGUCAUCGAGCGGCUCAGGCGAGCUAAGCGGCAUUCGGAUGGAGGAUUUCUUCCGUAUCCUGGAGCACUGCGCUCAUCCCGGCAGUCCCCCUCACAGUUCCCUUGGAUCCCAUCAGAUUAUCAUGGGGCUCGACACUGCACCCAUAAUGGACCGCACUCAUGACUCCACUGAGGUGCCAGCCUACCAGCGCAAUGCAUUAUGGGCGAAUAUUCGACGGUCAAGUCGGGUUUCGCAGGCUCGGGCUUCCUCAAGCGCGACUCGAUCGCGCAAAGACGCAUGCUCUCUACUGAAUGCAGCAGACUCCUGGCAGACCGCUGUUAACACUGUGGUUCACUGUAUUCAAGAAAAGCUUGCGUCGAUGCUCUGCAUCCCAUUGGCGGAAAUUGAUCCCCACCGACGGCUGAGUGACCAUGGUGUUGAUUCUCUGACCGCGGUAGAAUUCCGGACUUGGAUGAACAGGUCCAUCGGUGCCGAUAUUCCCGUUCUAGAAAUCAUGGGGUCGGAGAAUAUUGAUGCAGUUAGCUGUAGAGCAGCUGGCCUAAGCGUGUUUGUGAGGGGAAACUUGAAGGAAGCUUUCCAUCAUUGA